UGCACAUGUUACAGUUAUAGGUGCAAUCAACAUUUACUAUGACAUAGCCUACUAAUUUGUCUUCGUAAUUCACUCAUCUCUCAUCCUUAUCACUGACCGACAUAAUGACAACUUCAUCAAGUUUGCAGGAAGCCGUUGCUUACAAACUAAAACAUUACAUGAAUGUGAAAAGAAGAGAAGAUGGUUUCGAUCUGUCAUCACCAAAUUCUCCAGUGUCAGGAGGAUCUUACAAUGGUGGACAUAAAACGCAUUCAACAGUGAAUUAUGCCAAACUGCAAGACAGAAGCUUAAAACAUUAUUUCACUCCACAAAUGAUUCGAACUCAGAUUGCAAAUUUGGAAGCAAUGCCACCUGGUACAAAACGGGAGAAAGACGUGAAACAUAAUAUGCGGAGAACAAUGAGAAAAAGAACAACUUUUGAGGAUUUUGUUUUAACAAAUGCUGAUAUUAAAAACGAAGCUUAUGCUGCUCAACUUCGUGCAUUGAGAAGUAUGGAAAAAGAAACUGCUUCCAGGUUACAUCGAAAAGUUGAUCGAACGGUUACAUUUUCAAGAAGAACAACUUCACCUCAUGUGACCAAAUCUGAAGCAAAUAGAAUUAUUGGACAUGCUAGUCAGAUACUUGUUGCAACUGAAACUGUUGCGUUAGCUCAAGAGAUUUUGAAUGAGCAAUAUCAUCAUGAUUCAUCACGUCAUCAUAAACAACGUCCCAAGUCAGCUCCGACAUAUCUUCCUCAUGCACAUCGAAAUCAAGCAAUACGAGAUUCUGAUCAUUUGCACGGAAUACCAGAACGUCCUCAGACAAGCAGAGGAAGAUAUUCAUCAAGUUCAACUAACGAAAAAAGAAGAGUUAGAAGACCAAGAUAUGCAUGGGACGUUCAUGGCCGACGAGUUCCUGUAGUUUAUCACAAACAACAGAAUAGAAGAUUUUCAGAUGAUUCAUCAACCACUGUUUCAACUUCAUCUUCUCUUGAUAUCCGCAACUAUUCUGGAAGGAAGUCUGAAUUUCCAAGACCUGGAAGACCAAUGUCAGCCAAAGGACCAAGAACACUUCCACAAUAUUAUACGAAAAGAGAUUCUAGAAGCAGACCUCUGUCAGCUGAUGUUAUUUAUGUUCCAUAUGGAUAUCAGGAGCCAUCACCACCACCGAAACGUCCAUCUCAUCUGGAUUAUGGAUUUGCAAUUGAUAUUGCGACACAAACUACUGAAUAUGUCGGUUCACAAACGGAUACAAAGAGAAGCAAAGUGAAGUCAAAGCCUGAUAUUCGCAAAUACAACAUUCAAAUAUGGACGGGAGAUAAAUCAGGUGCUGGAACAAGAGCUGAUGUUUAUGUUGUAUUAGAUGGCCAAAACAGAAAAACUGAAGAAAUAUUUCUAACUGAAAAUGUUGCUGGAACAAGACCAUUCAAAAGGGGACAGGUCGAUGAGUUCAAUAUUGAAGCAGAUGAUGUAGGAUCAUUAAAGCAUAUAGGAAUUGGUCAUGAUCAAAAUGAGAGAGAUUUCAGUUGGUUUGUUGACAAAGUUGAAGUUAGAUCAGAAAAUGAAACCUGGGAAUUUCCAUGCAGAAGAUGGUUUUCUGGAAAAUCCAAAGAUAAAAAGACUUUCAGAUUUUUGAAAUUGAAAAAAGAGAAAGUUGCCAGAUCUCUAACUCCAGAUUCUGCUGGUAGUAGGAAAUCUUCUACGCGAUCACAUUCUUCAGCAUCAAGUCAUGAUACUUCUGAUCAUCGAGAUAUAAGGAAGAAAAAGUUGAAAUCGAGCUCUGCUUCUAGUUCUUCUCAUUCUACUAAUACUUCUUUAAGAUCCUCUCAUGGUACAAGAGAUAAAAAUAAACGGAGACACAGGCAUAGACGUAGAAGUAGGGAUGCUAGUCAUACUAGUGACUCUAGCGAUAGUGGAAGCGAAUCCGAUGAUGAAAGAAGCAAUUCGAAAAUGGUUAUUCGAAAGAAAAUAAAAACCAAAACAACCAAAAUGAAGACAACUGAAACUAGCAAAAACAAAGCUGUGGAUGAUGGAAAAUGGGCAAAAAAGAGAAGUUCAUCAUCUAGUGAUGAAAAAUCUGAAAGUACUAUUGAAUACAGUAGUGAUAGUAGCAAGCCUGUGGAUGAUGAAGGAAAACUUAAGAAAAAAAUUGAGCAAAGUCCUGUUGAAGAAAGUGUCGACUCUUCAACUUCAUCGGAUUCUGAUUCAACAAUAUCUGAAGUUUCCAUCGAAGAGGUUCCGAAACCAAUUCCAAAAUUGGAAAGAAGUGAGAGUCCGCGCAUCAAAACUGAAUCAAAAAAGAAUUCGUCAUCAGAAUCAUCAUCCAGUGGCGAAUCAGUAUCAGAGAAAGAAGAUAUACCUGUCGCAGAAUCGACGAGAAAAAAUUUCACAAUGGAUUUACGGCUAAGUAGUAGUAGUACCUCGAUCGAUUCGGUCGAGGAGAAGAAAAUUGACAUUCCCGAUCCACAAACAGCUAAAGUUUCUCAUGAUUUAGAUGACGUGUUAAAAUCUUCAUCGAGUUCGUCAUCUUCGUUCUCUGAAGGUGAUAGAGCGAAUCCUGCGAAAAAUCAAAGAAAGGCUUCACUUUUUGAAUUGAAUAAAGGAAGUGAGAGCGAAUCGUCAUCAAGCAGUGAUGAUGAAGAGAUCAGAAAAAAAAUUAAUGAUGAUAUUGGGAACGAAAAAUCAAAUGAAAUUGUGCAACCUUUAACUCUGGCAGUUGCUAAACCAGAAGUAAUUGCUUCAUAUGAAGUUCAAGGUGUGGGAAAUGAAAGCACCUUUCAAACCAAAUCAAUUUCUGAGCACGAUGAAUCGUCAUCAAGCAGUGAGUCUGAAAGUUCAGAAGAUGAACACACAAUCAAGAAAAAAACAGUUGAUGAAGAAUUAUCCAACACUAAUAAUGCUGCUGAGGAUUUGUUAUUGUCUGCUGGUGGUACAGAAAUAGGGACGAAUUUGGAAGAGAAUCUUCAUGCUAAUGAUCCUAUAAUCUACUCCGCACCUACAACUACAGUAGAAGCAUCAGUUCAUCAAACUGAAGAAGCACAAAUACCAUUGAAAAAAACCAGUGAUAAAAUGUAUGAAAACGUUGAUUCCAAAUCUGAAUCAUCGUCAUCAUCAAGUAGUAGCAGCAGUUCUGAUUCAGAUGAAGACAUUCUAGCCGAUCAGCCCACACCAGAAAUAGCAAAGAGAAAAUUGUCAUUGGCAUCAGUUGAAUUUGAACAUCCAACACGUGUCAGUGUGGCUGCUCCUAUGAAUCCAGAGUAUCUUAUCACUGCUACGGCUGGAAUAUCUGAAACACCUGAGAACGAAGUUGCAGAAGUACAUCAGGCCCAAAAAGUUGAAGUCAUGCCAAUUGUGUCUGAAGAAAACCAACAAAGUAAAGAUUCUUCUGAUGAACUGUCAUCUUCUUCAUCUGGUGGUUCUCAUAAAGAAUUGUCUUCGUCUUCAUCAAGUGAAGAUGAGGAUGAGAAUACCGAAAGAAGAGAAACAGAACGAACUGAAACUCCAUUACUGAGUAAUAUUUUGGCUGCAUCAACUGUAGACCAACAACCAAUUUCUCAAUCUGAAUCUAUAACUAAAGAAACAACAACUAAGAUUGAACAAGAUGGUGAUAUUUUGAAAGUUCAUAUUGAGGAAACGGUUAUCCCUCCAGAGCCUUCAUACUCAGUUGAGGAAACAGCGCCUGUGAUAGUUGCGGAAGAAAAACAAUUGGAAACGAAGGAGAAAAGCAGUUCUAGUAGUUCAUCAUCAUCUUCUUCAUCUUCAUCUGAAGAAGAGGAAACUGCGGAAGAAAUUUUGUUGAGAGGAAAAGAUAUUCAUCAGUCUGUACUUGAUGAUGAUUUUGACAGAGUGCGAGAAUUGGUCGAACGAAUUCCACAUUUGAAAGAUACUCUUGAUGAAAAAGAUUGGACUCCUCUACACGUCGCUGCUGCUAAUGGAAGAUUGAGAAUAAUCAAGUACCUUGCGGCGAGACGCGUCAACUUGAACUCAGAAACAAUGACAGGAUAUACUGCUAUGCAUCUUGCUGCUAUGAAUGGACAUGUUAAUUGCAUGAUGAUAUUAAAAUCCAUGGGAGUUUCAGUGGAAUCCAGAAAUGUGGAAGGACAAACACCAUUGCAUUUGGCAUCUAUGAGUGGACAGUUAGAUGUUGUGAAAUGGUUGAUUAACAAUAGAGUAGAAUAUAGAGCGAAAGAUAAUAAUGGAAGAUCUGUAGCUGACUUGGCAAAACAAAAUCACCACAAGAACGUGUUGGACUUCAUCAAGGCUUAUGAAGUAAAAAUGGGAAAGAUAAAUAGCAAAUCUUCAUCUAGUUCUUCCUCAUCAUCGUCAUCAAGCAGUUCUUCGGAAUCAGAAGAUGAAAUUGACCCGCUUCGUUCUGAAUCUCACGCUUCAAUUGUAAAAAAGAGAGAAGAGGAAGAAGUGGAACAGAAAAGGAAAAUGUACCAGGAACAACAGAAUAAAAUGUUGAGAAGAAAAACUAGUUUUUUGGAAGAAAUUCGGAUGGAAACUGAACAGGAAUUAGCUGGAAACUUUGAUUAAUUUAUCUGUAUUCGUUUAAAAUAUGGGUGCUCCUGAAGUAUGUGCACCAAGAUGGAGCACAACCCCAACCUACCAGGUUAGGUAGGUUAUGGUUAUCAGGUUGUGCGCCAUCUUGGUGCACAUACUUUGGAAGCACCAAAAUAUGUAGUACUUUAUGUGAAGAAGAUUCUACUAUUACACUUUUUAAAGCUAAGGGGCAAAAAGAAAAUUUAAUUCAGCUCUUCAUUCUGAGCUAUUAUGAAAUACAAAUCAAACUUUGGGUAAAUUAAGUUCACAAUUGUGUGUCUCUCUACUACUCCGAAUGCAAAAAAAUGUGGACCCCAUUAUAUUAUAAACAACUUCAACUAUAAAACUUUUAUAUUAGCGAAUAUUAGCUUUUUCCAGUUGAAAAUUCGGACUCUCACUCCCGACUUUCGGAUGUCUGAAAUUCGGGCGGUGGGGUACUCAUUUUUGGUACUCCCGAAGUAUGUGCACCAAGAUGGCACACAACCUGAACCCUAACCUGGUACACAUACUAUGUUCAGGAUGUGCGCCAUCUUGGUGCCUAUAUUUUUUGGGCUCCAAUUUUUUUAAUAUGUAUUGAGAUCAACCUCAUUUUUAACCAAAAUGAAAAUAUCCAAACCAGAUUUCCAAAGCAUGAUUUCAAUACUACCAAAACACAUCUACGCUUCUUCAGUCCUGGUUUUAAAGGAAUUAGUCGCCCAUUGAGGUAGAGGAUGGGCUAUUAAUAGUAUAUGGCAUUGAAGCAUGUUUAUACAUAACUCAUACUUGUUGGUAGAUAUAAUUUCUAACAAUAAUAAGGUAUUUUAAAUGUGCCAUAUAUCUGGAUCAAUGUUUUUUUCCUCGCAUUGUUAUAUCAAAAUAUACAUGAAGGUAUUAUUCACAUAGAGCAUUUGAAAGAAUUUCUAAAAUGACUUGCAAUUGAGAUUUUUUGUUUUUAUCCAAUAAUUUAAUCAUUCUUACUUCUUGUCUCAAAUUUAUUUUGUAUCAUGCAUGUACAAGCAAGAUACAGAAUUAAAAUUUGAGCGCAUGUGAUUUUGCUUAGAUGCAGUUAUAUUCUUUAAUCAUAGAAAUUUAAUUUUUUAUAUAUAUGUCCUGAUUACUUUUAUGUAAAACUUAGCAUUCUAUAUGUAAUGUAACUUUAACUAUAUAAACUAAAUAUUUGUAGCACUCGGCCAAUCAAAAACCACCACUAAUAAUAUAGUGUCUGAGGCAAAUAAAAACUUUGUUUCAUUUUAAACAAAAUAGUUUCCAUAGAUCAUUUGGCUAAAAUAAUAUUCUUGCUGGUAUUAAAAAUCAAAUUCUUUCAUUUACACAUGAUUAUAUAUUUAUUUUACAUUACGGAUGUGCUCUGAUAAUCUGAACGCUAAUAUUCAUAUGUAAAGGUGUGACAAUUUCUUUCAAAAACAUUGAGUGGCAUAAUAACAUGCGAUAGAUGUUCCAUCAAUGAGAUAUAGAAAUAUUGCUUUUUUACAUAUUGAAGCUUUCAUUGUGGCAUUUCAUCAAUUUUGCAACCACCAAAUAUUUUCUAAUCAAUGAAUUAUGAAUUUUAUUGUUUGCUAUUAAUCCCAUAUUUAAAUAAGCUAGUAUGUCCAACUUCAAUUGCUUUAAUGUUAUCUAAUUUUCCACUGUGUAGCUGAUGCAUUUCAUGAUUGCAAUAGUUGUAUUUUGUAUAGUAAGAUAAUUUUAUUGCAUUUCUCAUUCUCGCACUUUACACUGUAAAUUUAUUAGGCACAGAGUGGCAAAAUGUAAUGCUCUGCACUGAAAAUGAUUGGAUAUUAAUAAGGAAUUUUGUUUCGAAUUAUACUUUAGAAUUGGAAUCCGGAAUUUCUACCCAUUUUGGCAUAUUCCAUAAUAAGCCGAGUUCUAAACAUGUUCGUAUUAAAUAUGGGAUGGUAUGGAUGCGAGAAUUUUAUUGUUGUGUUUAGUCAGCAACCUUCUACUUUACCCAGCAUGGACGUAAUGGCCAUAAAAGUGGGUUCUCGAUCAUUGUCUCCAGGAGCGAAGUGAUGAAUAUUCGAUUACUCUAGCCAGGUCCAAACAAGUAAAGUCAUUAAUUUUAGGAAUUUGUUCCAAAUUAUCAUUAGCCCGAUAUACAACAGAUAUAUUACACUUUAAAUCUCCUACCUUAAAAAUCCACUACCUAUUUACUAAGCUAUGGUUAUAGCCACAAGAGAACAGGUAAUCAAUCCCUUUCAACAGUUUCAGUUAUAGCUAGUGCUAGUUCAGUCAUAGCUAGUGUCUGAAUUUAUAUUUCCCUCAUUAUCCAUCACCACCGUUUAUCUUCGUUCAACACCUUUAUUGCUAAUUUCGUGCUUAUGAAAAUGCUUUUUUCACACCUAUAUAGGUUACAAUUUUCACGUCAACAAUGCAAGCUUUUUGUAAAUUUGUGUAUACAUCGUCAGUCUCUACUUUGGAUGUUAUCACUUUUCCUUUAAUUGGAUAAUAAAUCUAUUGUGAUUUUUGUAGCAAUAA